AUGGUUUUAGCAGAUUUAGGGCGUAAGAUUACGAAUGCGUUGCAUUCGCUCAGCAAAGCGACGAUCAUAAAUGAGGAGGUGUUAGAUUCCAUGCUGAAAGAAAUCUGCACGGCACUACUCGAGGCAGACGUUAACAUUCGGCUGGUGAAGAAACUGCGCGAAAAUGUACGAUCUGUGAUCGAUUUUGACGAAAUGGCCGGUGGAUUGAACAAGCGACGUAUGAUUCAGUCGGCCGUGUUUAAGGAGCUUGUCAAGCUUGUUGAUCCCGGCGUGAAACCAUACCAACCGAUCAAGGGACGUCCGAACGUGAUCAUGUUCGUAGGCUUGCAGGGAUCCGGCAAAACGACAACGUGUACAAAACUGGCGUACCAUUAUCAAAAGAAGAACUGGAAAUCGUGUUUGGUUUGUGCGGAUACGUUUCGCGCUGGUGCGUAUGACCAGAUAAAGCAAAACGCCACCAAGGCGCGCAUUCCGUUUUACGGAAGCUACACGGAAGUAGAUCCAGUCACCAUCGCACAGGACGGAGUGGAAAUGUUUAAAAAGGAAGGUUUCGAGUUCAUCAUCGUGGAUACGAGUGGUCGGCACAAGCAGGAGGAAUCGCUUUUCGAGGAAAUGUUGGCUGUAGCCAACGCGGUCAACCCGGAUAAUAUUAUUUUCGUCAUGGAUGCCACUAUUGGGCAGGCUUGUGAGGCCCAGGCUAAAGCGUUCAAAGAGAAGGUGGACAUUGGUUCGGUCAUAAUUACGAAGCUAGACGGGCACGCCAAAGGAGGUGGUGCAUUAUCGGCAGUGGCAGCGACAAACUCUCCUAUCAUCUUCAUCGGCACUGGCGAGCACAUUGACGACCUGGAACCGUUCAAGACGAAACCUUUCAUUAGCAAACUGCUUGGCAUGGGCGAUAUCGAAGGUUUGAUUGACAAAGUUAAUGAACUCAAGCUAGACGACAACGAAGAGCUUAUCGAUAAGAUCAAACAUGGUCAAUUUACUAUUCGAGACAUGUACGAGCAGUUCCAGAACAUUAUGAAGAUGGGCCCUUUCUCGCAGAUCAUGGGAAUGAUACCCGGUUUUUCGCAAGAUUUUAUGACGAAGGGUGGCGAACAGGAGUCCAUGGCGAGAAUCAAGCGUCUCAUGACGAUGAUGGACUCAAUGUCGGACGGCGAGCUCGACAACAAGGAUGGCGCGAAGUUGUUCAGCAAACAGCCAACACGCGUUACACGGGUAGCGCAAGGAUCGGGUGUGAUGGAGCGCGAAGUGCGCGAUCUGAUAUCACAGUACACGAAAUUUGCGGCAGUCAUCAAAAAGAUGGGCGGUAUUAAGGGACUAUUCAAGAGUGGCGAUAUGACGAAAAACGUGAACCCAACACAAAUGGCCAAACUAAAUCAACAAAUGGCAAAGAUGAUCGAUCCCCGCAUGUUCCAGCAGAUGGGUGGUAUGAAUGGUUUACAAAACAUGAUGCGACAGUUACAGCAAGGUGCGGGCGGUCUGGGUAAUCUAAUGAGUGGGUUCGGUGGUAAGUAG